AAGUGCAUAACGUUAGCGGAGUAUUACUCCACACUAGAGAGCUCCCUGCUGGAUGUUUGAAGGUAUCAGUUGAUAUUGCAGUUGAGCCGAAUGCAGCAUUACCAUAUCCUAGCGAUGAUUCGGAUGCAACAACGGUGCACGAAGCAGUAGGUUCGUUUGUUGCAUGGCCGACAAACCUCAUAUGCGUAGGAUAUGAGACUCCCACAAAAUCCAAAUCAAAAGAAAAUGAGGUUAGCAAUGCCUCCGCACAACAAAAAAAGGAGGUUAGCAACGCCUCCGCACGGGUAAAAAGUUCUGGUGCUAAGAAGACCGUAGCUAGGAAAAAACCUACCGCCAAGUAUAGGUCGUGCCUCAGGACAUUUAUAGAGAUGACCGAUAUACCGACCGGAGGUGUUCGGAAUGUACAUAUGGAGGUAGGGAUUUUCGGCUUUGAUUACGACCAAAUGAUUGGUAAUGAAGACUUCAUGCAAGUUUUUGGUCAUGAAGAAAUCGGCGUCAACGUUGUCAAUACAUAUAUUAGGUUUUUGUAUGACAAAUUGAUGCGCCCCAAUGAUUUGGACGAGUCAUUCGGAUUCUUAGCACCCGCGACCGUCAACUUAGGUUUAAUCUUAAGUAGACCGCAUACCGUGACGGAGUAUGUUCUUCAGAUCCUCAUGGAGAAUAAAGAUGCGGAGAAGUUGUUUUUUAUACCGUUUAAUACCGGUGGACAUUGGUUGUUGCUCGCAAUCAAUCCUAUCCGAGAAAUUGUGUAUUAUCUUGACUCGUUAGGAAAUGAUUGGACAACAUACCCGGAUAUGAAGAACCUAAUUGACACCGUCCUACAAGCUUUUCGGGCCCAACGAGAUAUCCAAACCUCAAGGAGGAGCGCCAACCGCAUUACAUGGAUUAAAGUGGCGUGUCCUCAACAACGUAAUCAAAUAGAUUGCGGGUAUUUCGUGUUGAGGUUUAUGCGAGAUACUCUUGCUUUGGGCCGAUUAGUGAUUCCCACCGAUUACUUUGAGGAAUUCAAGUGUGCAUUUUAUACAAAGGAUCAAGUGGACGAAAUCAAAGAGGAGUGGUGUCAAUUCAUGAUAGAGCUCAAAGUUUUUUCAUAAAUUUGUGUAAUUAAUGUGUACAUUUGUAGUAUAUGUAAUGACUUGUAAAUGUGUACAUAAAUUUGUAUAUAUUUUGAUACAUU